AUGAAUUGGGCAAAAAAGUUAGACGAUGCACUCUGGGCCUAUCGUACCGCUUUUAAAACUCCAAUUGACAUGUCUCCAUAUAAACUAGUAUUUGGGAAAGCGUGUCACUUACUCGUAGAGUUGAAGCAUAGAGCUUUAUGGGCAUUAAGACAGCUGAAUCUCGACAUGGAAAUAUCGGGUACACGUAGAGUCACAAAGUUGCAUGAGCAUGAUGAGUUCCGCUACCAUGCUUUUGAGAGUACAAGGCUAUAUAAAGAAAGAAUGAAGAUGAUGCAUGGCAAAAAUAUUCUUGAGCGGAAUUUUAAACCUGGAGACGUGGUAUUGCUAUACAAUUCGAGAUUGAAGCUAUUUCCGGGCAAGUUGAAGUUAAGAUGGUCAGGACCAUUUCGUGUGAUAGAGAUGCAUCACGUCGGAGUCGUAAAAAUUGCAUCAAAAGAUGGCUUCCGCAAGUUCAAAGUUAACGGGCAAAGGCUAAUACAUUAUCAAGGCAUGGUUGAGGAAGAUAAAGUAAUCUCGACCAUGUACUUGAAGGAUCCUUGA